AAAAAGGACCUGAAGCUGAGUAUUGACAGAGAUUCAGCAGCAGGUUUAAAUGAGUUUGCUAACUUUUAAUUAAGUCCCAUUUUUAUUAAGGGGCCUGAAGUGGUACAAUGGUUAAGCAUUUGGCUGCUAACCAAAAGGUUAAAGUUGGAAUUCACUAACCAAUCCUUGGAAACCCUACGGUGCAGUUCUACUCUGUCUUAUAGGGUAGGUAUGAGUCAGAAUUGACUCAAUGGCAAUGGGUUUUAAUUAAACCUCUAUUUCUAAUGCCUACUGGUGAAAAAUAGGAUUCAUAUAAAAGAAAAGAAAAAAAUGCAUAGAGGAAAAACAAAACAAUAUUCUAAGAAAAUAUGAAAACAUUUACCAUUUUAAAAAUUUCUCUACAGGUCCAAAGUUCUCACUUCCCAACCAAGAAAAUUAUGAGAAGUAACUUUACUUCAGUGAAUGAGUUUAUUCUUCUGGGACUGACCAGUUAUUGGGAAUUACAGAUUGUCUUCUUCCUGCUAUUUCUGGUCAUUUACAUGGCCACAGUGGCAGGGAAUCUGGGCAUGAUUAUACUCAUCCAUGUCAAUGCCCAGCUCCACACACCCAUGUACUUCUUCCUGAGCCACUUAUCCUUUGUGGAUCUGUGCUUCUCCACCAAUGUGACUCCAAAGAUGCUGGAGAUUUUCCUCUCAGAGAAGAAAACCAUUUCCUAUUCUGCUUGUCUGGUGCAGUGUUAUUUUUUUAUUGCCUUGGUCCAUGUGGAGAUCUAUGUCUUGGCCAUGAUGGCCUUUGACCGGUACAUGGCCAUCUGCAACCCUCUACUUUAUGGCAGCAAAAUGUCCAAGAAUGUCUGUACAUCCCUCAUCAUGGUGCCUUAUGUGUAUGGAGCUCUCACUGGGCUGAUGGAGACCAUGUGGACCUACAACCUGGCCUUCUGUGGACCCAAUGAGAUUAAUCACUUCUACUGUGCUGACCCUCCACUGAUUAAGCUGGCUUGUUCUGACACCUACAACAAGGAGCUAUCCAUGUUUGUUGUGGCUGGUUUCAACUUCAGUUAUUCUCUCCUUGUUAUCCUCAUUUCUUACAUCUACAUAUUUCCAGCCACUUUGAGGAUUCGAUCUACAGAGGGUAGGCGCAAAGCUUUCUCUACCUGUGCUUCCCACCUGACAGCUGUUACCAUAUUCUAUGCAGCUCUUUUCUUCAUGUAUCUCAGGCCCCCCUCAGAGGAAUCUGUGGAACAGGGGAAAAUGGUGGCUGUGUUUUAUACCACAGUUAUCCCCAUGUUGAAUCCCAUGAUCUAUAGCCUAAGGAACAAGGAUGUGAAAGAGGCGCUAACUAAAGAACUAUUCAGAAGAAAAUUGCCUUUGAAAUAAACUUCAGUGCUCCUAUUGGCUAGAUUUUUUUAUUUGUUUGUUUGUUUUUAAUUUUAUAUAGCCUAUGAAUUAUUCUUAGGAAACCCUGGUGCCAUAGUGGUUACAAGCUACAUCUGCUAAUCAAAAUGUCAGCAGUUCAAAUCCACCAGGCCCUCCUUGGAAACUCUAUGGGAUAAUUCUACUCUGUCCUAUAGGAUUGCUAUGAGUCAGAUUCAACUCAAUGCCAACAGGUUUUGUUUCGGUUUUGGUAUGAAUUAUUCUUAGGGCUUAAUCUAAAAAUAAUUUGCCCAAACAUGGAUGGUUGUCUUGAGUGGAUAGGGAAGGGAAUAAGUCCUUAUAUUUCCAUUCAUUCUAUUCAAUGUUGACACUAGACCAAAUUACAUUUUCAUCUUUAUGGAGAAAUGGUGUCAUUACAUGAAGUCAUGUAUAAUUUUUUGCCGCUUAAGAGAAACUGGAGCAUGAUAGCACCAGUUAUAUUUUGUAAGAAGUGAUUUAUUUUCCUCAAACAAGUCACUUAGUAUUUCACCUAGGUUAAAGACAUUACAUUGUAAUGUAGUCAAUAACAUUCUGUGUGGGUUGACCUCUGGGUAUCUCUCUCAGGCCUCUCAAAACAUGCUCUGGUGGCUAUCUGCAUUCCAGUCUCCCUGGCCUUUUUCAUUCCCUUAAUACAGAACAUUAUUUAUCUUUCUUUUGGGUUUCACAUUUGUUCUUCCCUCUGCUCAGAAUGUUUUUCCUCAUCUCUUAUAUAUCAGAGAAAAUUUUCUGAGUUAAAUCAUAUAAUAUGUUUAUAAUUAUUAUAUAAUAUCAAAACUCUAUGUGUCACUGUUUUGGGGAACUCGUCACAGCUGCUACUUUACAGUCAUGAACCUUUUGAUUAGUACCUUAA